AUUACCACCAUGAUUGACGAUCAGGACCUGGGCUUCUUUGCCAACUUUCUUGGCAUCUUUAUAUUUGCACUUGUGAUUGCUUAUCAUUAUGUAAUGGCUGACCCAAAAUAUGAUGGCAACUAAGGAGUUGCUUUGAUAUCAACCUACAGUAUGAGUGUUUUUUCAGUUUAGUUUUGUUGACACAGUUUUCAGGAAUGAUUACUUUUCUGUGGCAAGAGCUUCCCUGAGACAAAUUUAUCCUUGCUGCUAAUUCAUGGAUAAACUUGGAAAACAGUAGCAGUAAUCUGAAACUUAUUUUGCCUUUCUA